AUGAGUCGGCGCCUAAGUGGUCCCCCAUUACCGUUGUUCAAUGCUGUAGCUAAUGGCGACUACGACCAAGGUAGGGUUAUUUCCCCCUACGGAUAUCAAUUUUUGGUUUGAAGUGGUACGACUCGUGGAGAACGGCGCGAGAGUUACAGACCGAAACACGGAAGGUCUGACGUGUAUAAUGCAGCCUCAGUACUUCACCCCUGACCAUUUUGAUGCGGUAUUAAACCUCUUUCCAUCAAAGUUACUUUUAAAAUAAUUUUAAGGACCUCAUUUUCGAUUUUUUGGUCGACGAAGGGCUAUCAGUGGACGCCCUCACGCUGACUGGUAAACUAUAUCCUUCAAUUCUGAAUUACUAAUGCGAAUCGGUUGGAAACUUUCAGGCCAAACGGCUCUCCAUUUAGCUGUAGAGGCAAGUAAUUUUACUCUCGUCAAAUUAUUGACUCGCAAAAACGCGAAGAUAGUUGUGGAUGGUGAGGGAAAUAAUCCGUUAUUUGUUGCUGCAAUGAACACGGCUCAUGUAAGUUUUUUUUUGAGGUUAGAUUAUAAAUCAAUUCUUCAGCCUGAGAUUUACAAUCAUCUGAUAAAUUACACUGCGUUGGACGAUCGGAAAAUGACGAAGGACGCCAUUUUUCUCUGGGAAACCACGAUUUACUUGAAUAGAUUAGAUAAUUCUGUGCGUGAUCUCAAGAACACAAUCCUCAUGGAGCCUGUCAUUGAGGUUCUUUUCGAAAUUCGCAGGCGGUAAAUUUUUUGAAUAAUUUGAAGGAAGAAGACGACCCUGAACCAAAUCCGGCCUACGGUUCGAUCCGUGAAGCACGUACUUCGGAAGAAUGCCGACGAAUGGACCGCGACCAAACCUACAGCGUUUAUCAAGUGCUCUUUUACGUUGUAUACGCAGUGGAAUUAAAAAAAAACACAAAGGAAAAACAUUUUUAUACAACGAUUUUCAAUGUUGGCGAGGCGGAUAAAAUUUUUUUAGCUUUCUGGCCAAAAAAAUUUCUCGCGCUAGGUCUUAUUUUCCAGUUAGAACGCUUCAAAAGCUUGAAAUAGCGCUUUUUGGCAAUUUUUUGCGUUUUUUGCGGUAGAAAGGUUUCCUUCCAAAGUUUCAUAACUUGAUAAGGCUCGCGGGAGAAUUCUAGCCAUUUCAAUGGAACACUUAAGAGUUGCUAACACCACUUGAGUGACCACUGUCUCAGAAAAAAAAAAAAUGCGCGAGGAACACUUUCCUUUUGACUUUAGACAGGCUUAUGCCAGGGCCGGGCCCCGUUAGCCUAUGAACCACCAUUUUCUAAGCCCGACCCGGCCCUAGGGAGGCCUCAAGCAGAAGCAACCGGUCCAAAAAUUUCUGAUUUUUCAAGUCAACUGUCAAAUUUUCUCACGACAAAAACCACAUUUUUGGUUAUUUUUCCACUUGAAGAUCAACAGAAACUCUGAAUAAACAACUAAAAAGGGUGAAAUUUUUUUUUGAUAAAAUUCAAAACUUUUUCCAAAGCUUUUUCUCUUAAAAAUGAGCUGAUUCACGGCUGGCUUGAGUCAUCGAAAAAUAGGUCUUGACACGACGAUAAAAGAGACAGUGGCUGGUUAGUGGAGACCACGCCUUUUUAAGUCCCAACUUGACGCUCCCAAGCGAGUCGUGGAUCAGCUAUUGCUCAUUUUGUAAGAUUUACUUGAAUUGUGAAACAUUCUUGUAGUGUUUCAUCAUACGCGAAAGGAUUCUUGGCCGGGAUCAUCCGGAAGUUCGCCACAAACUGUUCUCGUACAUUAGCCGAAUCCCCUUCUCGUCGGAAGCUUUCGCGCGGUUCGUCCCACUUUUUUUGGAUAUGAAAAAAUAUACUAAAAAAUCCCUGUUAAAACAUUUUUUCGUUUACAGAGAGAGACCCUUGAUCCGCUACAUGAUAUCUUUGAACUUGAAGUAUGUUUAAAAAGCCUAUUUCACUUUGAACUCAUAAAUUUUCCAGACACGAUCCUGAUGCGGUCGUUACGAUAUUCAGUCACUUAGUCGAACGGAUUCGAGCCUUGAUCCUCGGUGUCAGAAACAAUGAAAUCCGUUACGAAACUGAACACACUUUGCGUCUUCUUUGCUCCCAUGUGCUCGUAAUUCUUACCGAAACUUUGGAGAAAGUUUGCUCGCUGGAUGAAAUAAAGCGACCAUUCGUGAUUAUUUCAGGCUCCCCAAGAUACGGAAAAAACUGUUUUUUAUGAUUGGUGCAAAGCCUUGAUCGAAUUCGGUCUGGAAAUCAUUUGCAAGGUUUUUGCUUUUUUCAGUCUGUUUUUAUGUUUGACAAGGCUUUUUUUUUUUGAAUUUUGCAAAGUUUCUUUUUUAGUCGGUCUUUAUUGGGGUCAUGCAAAAUUUGAAUCGUCUUAAAAUUUAUUUUUAAACGAUUAUUGGAUUUUUUGCGUUUGUUUCACGGCUAGAAUCAUGCGGCUCAAUUUAUGAGCACAAGAAAAUUAUUUGAACUUAUUUAUUUUUCAGAAUUUUGCAAAAGCUUCAAGUUUUUUUUAGGGGUUAUUGAAGACUUUAAACGUCAUAAGAAGAUUUUUUUUGAACUGUUGUUUGAAUUUUUCAUUGUUAGACACGUGCUCUUCGACUUCAAAGCACAAAAAAAUUAUUUAAACCCAUUUUUAGAAUUUUGCAAAGGUCGCUUAAGUCUUUGUUGGGGUCAUGUAAGACUUUACACGCCCCAGGAAAAUUUUUUUGAACUGUUAUUUGAUUUUUCGCGUUUGUUUCACGGUUUUCACAGGCUCAUGGGCCUCUACUUCACUAGAAAAUUCUUCAAACAGGAAAUUUUUAAGAACUGUAUCGUUUAGACGUUGAACAGAGAGAAUUUGAUCUUUGAAACGAUUUGUUAGCUGAUUCACUGCUAACUUAAGUCAUCGAAAAAAAGGGUCCUGACACGAUAAUGCACGCGCCUGGCUCGUGGAGAGCGUAGACAUGACACGCCUCCUUAGCGUCCCAAGCUGGCCGUGAAUCAGUUAUAAUAUUGUAGUCAACAUUUUUUAGAAUGUAAACAAGGAAGAAAUUGCACAUUUUCCCAGGUUAUGAGUCAAAUUUAGAGAAAAGGGAUUUUAUCACGUAUUACGUGUUUUCUAGCGCCGCGGUCGUAUCGAUCCGAGCCUUUGGCGCGCAUUUCACUCUGUCAGCGCCGGGCUCGCAUCAAACCUUUUUAACGCUAAUUUCAUACGGAAAAUGCUAGAGCCUUGUUAUUUUGAAAUGGAGCUGCUUUAUUCGACCUAUUCUAUUUUUCUUCACUAGGAACGACAUUCUGGGAAUCGUCCCCCGAAAUUCUAUAUUCUUUAUAUUAUUUCUAUGCUCGACAGUUUGCGCUAUGUGCUCCAGUGUGGCAGAAACGAUUGAAAAGCCGAUUUUGUGAGCCGAUUUUUAAAAAAUGCUCCAAAAAUCUUGAUUAGCGUAACCUUGUGAAAGUUAUUCCUUUCAAAUCCUUCUCCUGGCUGGUCCAAUAGUUGAAGAUAUUAAAAAAAUAUGCUUAGUCCAGUUGUUUUAUAUAACUUUUCAUUCAGAUCGAUACCAUCGGCCUCGAUUUUACGGACGUGAAAAGACUAGAAUAUUUGGAACUUGACGUGAGUUUUGUGACUCUGAAAUCCUAAGCAAAGUAUUUUAGUUGGGCCGCUUCGUCAAAGCCGCCAAUGCGCUGAAGGUCCCGAUUUUCCAUUCGUUGAAAUUUGUCGCGUAAUUGAAAAUUCUCAAGAUAGAACGAGACAAUUGGCAUUUUCAGGAAGUCUCACUUGGUCCCACUUUUUCUCUCGAAAGGAGCCAAAAUCUAUGCCAAAGAUCAACAAGGGGAAACUGUUCUGGCCGCUCUUCUCCUGCCUUACGAUGCUCAAUCUGCGCAAUCUAACCCUUAUUACGUCCAUAUCGAGUUUAAAAUAUCUUCUUUUCUUCUCGUAAAUUAUUGAUUUAAGUUAUAUGCCUUUGGUCCGCGAAUUGGUCGCAAAAGGAGCGCGGGUUUUCGUCCGCAAGAAUGGACACAGCGUCUACGAAGUUUUGAAGGCGGCGAGAGGCUACAGUCCGCUCAUCAAUUUCAGUAUGGUUUUGGACUUUUUCGUGGAGAUUCACGGCUUCUUUCUGUUCCUAAAUAAAAUCCGUAACUUUUUUUUUAAUAUGAAAAGAAAUAUUUAGAAGGUUUUUUUUUCUGGCCAGGAUUAAAUAGACAAAAAUUCCUUCAAACGUGGCCACAUACAGAUGAUGAUCAGAGGGGAAAUUUGAAUUAAAAUACUCCUUAAAUUGAAAUAUUAAAAAAAAAGUAAUGAGUUCAUUUUCCUUAUUUCUAGUACUAAUGAUUUGCGAAAAAAAUGACAACUUAGGCUGAAACUUUUUAAAAUUUUGAUUUUCUUUGUUUUUUAUAGCCCAUUCCGCGGCAGAUUGUCAUGAUUUUUGUUUCCCUCCGAUGCGCGCGGCCGUAUCUGUGCAUGCGCCUUUAAUAUAACGGGAAUUCAGGCUAAGUUAAAGGCGCAUACACAGAAACAGGCCGCGCGCAUCGAAUGGAAAGAUUCUGUAGCUCGGAGGAAACGAAAAUCAGGACAUAAGGCUGUAAUACUUUCUACAGAUUUUGAAAGAGCUCACAAAAAUUGGAGCUUGAAUGAAGAUGAAUAAAAAAAAACAUUGAGAACAUUUUUCAGUGUUUUUUCAAGCCAAACAAGACUCAUUCUGUCUUCAAACAUCCAAAUAAGAAUGUUUUGACCAGGAUUUAUUUCACUUAAUCAGAUGUUCGUGUUUAUUUUAAGACGAGAAUAUAUUUUCAGGCGCAAUGAGGAGUAAACUGCAAGACCUUGCCGCAGCAGCUGUCGAAAAAAACCUUUCGAUGAAAUAUUUAGAAAAACACAUGCCGACGUAUAAAAUGUCUCCUGAAGUUGUACAAAACUGUAGAGACUUUCUUGGAUUUUGGAAAUAGACGUCAGGAUCAUAACCUUCAUGUGCAAUUUAUUGCUUUCUUGUACUAUUGUUGACCAAUAAUUUGAAACACUUUGUUGAUUAUUCUCCAUUCUUUCGAAAUAUGUUUGAAUAUUAUCGUUCAAUUUGAUUGCUAACUCGUCGUAUGUGUAAAAUAUGUUAAUGAGGAAUGCUGAACUACAGCCUUGUUCUCUCCUUUCUACUUUGUUCAAUCGGGUCUUGCCGAGGUUUAUCUUUGAAUUCAAAUAUGGAAAUUUCUGAGAUGACGGUGAGUUGGUAAAUUGAAUGAAGAUCGCGUUGAGACGAAUUCAAUUAGUGGUAUAUUCAACACUUCAAAAUAUCUUCAUCAUGAGUUCCGAAAAAUUGUCUUCUUAAAUUAUCGAGUGAAGUAAUCCGAAGUUCAUGCCGUGUUCAAUUUGAUUUCGCGAAAUGCAAAAUAGCUUUCAGAGAAAAAUAUAACUAAAUUUUGGAGGGUCAGCGAUCAUUUUGCAUUUCGCGAAAUUACUUUUAACACGGCAUUAGAAAUUUUCUCAAUAUAUUGCAUCUAUGGCGCAUUCAAUUAAACAUUUGAUGAAACAUAUCUUUGACUAGCAAGCUUGAAAACUCCAAAAAUCACAUUUUGCGGUGAUUGAUCGAAAGAUCGAAUAAUAAAACGUUUAGCUUUGUGCGCCUUGAAUAGCGGCUCUUCCUUUCAAGACCCGUUCCUAUUAGACUUGAUUUUUUUUUUUUGAUCUUCGUUCAAAAAUUUUCUCUUUUGUAUUUUUGAUCAUCAGUUUAAAACGUAUACUUAUCUCGCAUGCUGAGCAGGGUAACCCCGCCGUGCUAACACGGGGUCUCCGCGGGUGCCCCCGUAUUAAACCCGUAUAAGCCCAGCUGAUAGAACUUUUGGCACUUUUUAGCCCAACUGAGACCCCGCUUUAGCCCAGCUGGGUUACCUAUUUUUCUUACACCCGUUGUUCCCCCGUUUUAGCCCAACUGAGACUAAAAUAACCUCAGAAACACGGGUUUAAUACGGGUACUCGCAUGCUGAGCAGGGUAACCCCGCCGUGCUAACACGGGGUCUCCGCGGGUGCCCCCGUAUUAAACCCGUAUAAGCCCAGCUGAUAGAACUUUUGGCACUUUUUAGCCCAACUGAGACCCCGCUUUAGCCCAGCUGGGUUACCUAUUUUUCUUACACCCGUUGUUCCCCCGUUUUAGCCCAACUGAGACUAAAAUAACCUCAGAAACACGGGUUUAAUACGGGUACACCCGUUGAGACACCUGCUCAGCAUGCGAGUACACCCGUUGAGACACCUGCUCAGCAUGCGAGUUAUAUGUGUAUUUCAUUGCCACUUGAUCGUAUCUUUUUGUGUGACCCCAAAAUUCCGACUUUGGUCAUCUUAUAAUUUUUUUAAAAGGAUUCCGAGCGGUCAAGUUUCAUUUCCUAUUCAAUUUCGACAAUGUGUUCGUUAUUUUUCGAUUUCGAUGUUAUUUGCAGCUGACUUUCAACGUUAAAGAAGACUCUACAAGUUUUCAGCGGGAUAACCCUAGUAACGUUGCUGAGCCUAAACCUCAGGUAAGAAUCUUUUCGCUGCUAGACAAUUUGUGGAGUUUAUUCAGGCAAUUAAUUAA